AUGAAGAGCUGCCCCAGUAUUCGGUCUGCGGCCACCUUGGGCGCGGCCUUCCUACUGCAACUGACCAGUGCGGGAAAGGUGGAAUGCCCGGAUCCCGCAGAAAUUAUCAUCCAUGAGCCAGCAAAGCUCAUUUGCUGCGGGUCUACUACUUCGACGACUUAUACGAGGAUUACAACCGAGUGCUCAGGCGUUCCUGUUUACGUUACACCUGGAGUCCCCAUCCCUGAUGCAGAAUGCGUGACUACCACUCAGCCAUGGACUGGAACUGUGACCGAGACUGUUACGAUUCACGCUACUGGAAGAGCUCCAGGAACUAAGAUUGUGAAAAUCCCGGGAGGAAGUGCAGAUUGCGUUACAAAUACUGUUGGCUGGUCUGGCACCGUGGCCGAGACUAUUACAAUUCCUCCUUACGGCAAGGGUCCAAGCACCAUAAUCGUCAAGACUCCAUGGGAGCAUCCUGAUUACAUUACAAAGACUGUUUCUUGGACAGGAGCAGUCACCACCACUGCGACGGUCCACCCUUACCAUGACAAGCCUGGUGAGAUCAUUAUCAAGACUCCCUGCGAACAUCCUGAUUACAUUACAAAGACGGUUCCUUGGACUGGGUAUGUCACCACCACUGCUACAGUUCAUCCUCACAACAAUAAAUCUGGCGAGAUUAUCAUCAAGACUCCCUAUGGACACCCCGAUUACAUUACAAAAACGGUUCCUUGGACUGGACAUGUCACCACAACUGCUAUAGUUCAUCCCAGUCACGGUAAGCCCGGCGAAGUCAUUAUCAAGACCCCUCAUGGCGAACGCCCCGUCUAUACUACUAGAACUAUUGCUUGGACUGGAAGCACGACAGUCACCUCUACAGAGUAUCCUAGUGAAACCGGCCCCGGAAUCGUCAUUAUCAAGACGCCGCGGAAGCUCAUCUCAAGGGAGCGCAUCAGCUCAGGGGAAUUCGCGCAGCUCUACAGGCUCGCGCAGCUCUACAGGCUCGCGCAGCUCUACAGGCUCGCGCAGCUCUACAGGCUCGCGCAGCUCUACAGGCUCGCACAGCUCUACAGGCUCGCACAGCUCAACUUCAACUCAUGGGACUUCAACUCAAGAAACUGGAUCAGCUCAUGGAGCGUCCUUUUCACACAGCUCCACGAGUUCCCACAGUUCCACAUCAUCUCAUGGGUCAGUUUCAACUCAUGGCACUGCAUCAUCACACGGGUCGACGAGUUCCCACAGCUCUGCAAAUUCCCACGGCUCUACAUCAACCCACGGCUCAACAUCAUCCCAUGGAUCAACUUCAACUCAUGGAUCGGCUUCAACUCAUGGGACUUCAUCUCAGGCAACUGGAUCAGCUCAUGGAGCGUCGUUAUCACGCAGCUCUACAUCGUCCCAUGGAUCAGCUUCAACUCAUGGAUCAGCUUCCACUCAUGGAUCAACUUCAACUCAUGGAUCAACUUCAACUCACGAAUCGGCUUCAACUCAUGGAUCGGCUUUAACUCACGGGACUUCAUCUCAGGCAACUGGAUCAGCUCAUGGAGCGUCGUUGUCACACAGCUCAGCCUCAACCCAUGGGUCAACUUCAACCCAUGA